CCGCAGAGAGCAGACUGCAGACGUUGAUAAGUAUGAUAUGUUAACGUUGUUCCAUAUAAUAUUCAUGAUUUUAAUAUCGAGUACCGAGUAUUGGCUAAUGGACGGUGGACCUAAUUUGCUGUAAAAUAUUGUGUUUUCAUCGUUUUUUUUGUUAUUCAUGUUAUGUAGAAACCCGUGAGUACUGGCUUGAACUAUAUGUAUAUGUUAAGUGUGUUAUUAACAUCAACGUGUAAUUAAUCGUUCUAAUAAUACUAGCAAUUAGAGCAUUUAAUGUGAACUGUGACAGUAUUUACAGCUGUAUCAAUAAUAAUUAUAAUAAUAUUAUUGGCCUCUCGAAUCACCACAGAAUCUAUGCACACACAAAUACUGUAGUCGUUUUUUUCAUAUUUUUUUAAUUCUGCAGUAGGUAGUAAUAAUAUCUAAAACAAAUAAACUUAUAUUUUAAAACCACAAAACGUUUAACUGCAAAUGCGUUAGAUAACGCUUUAUGUUAGAAACCAAUUUUCUUCUUGAUGUCAUCAUUCUCAAUCAGUUCUGGACGUCGCACAUUGUUCGGCACAAAAGAUAACUUAGUGGAUCCUAUACAGGAAUUUAAUUGGCACUGCUAUAAUAACUUUAAUACUCGACCAAAGGCCAAUAGUAUGUCGCAGUGCGACGUUACCGAAGGAGGCGUACCUCUUAACUCGCCUGCCUUUCUGUCUUGGCGGAAAUUACAAUUGAGCAGAGCUAAACUCAAAGCUUCCAGUAAAACAUCAGCGUUAUUAUCCGGUUUCGCCAUGGUCGCUAUGGUGGAAAUGCAAAUCAAUGACGAUUCUAAAGUGCCGGAAGGGAUGUUGGUAGCAUUUGCUGUAUGUACAACUCUGUUAGUCGCCGUACACAUGUUGGCUUUAAUGAUCAGCACGUGUAUUUUACCCAAUAUUGACGCUGUAUGCAAUCUCCAUUCGGUAAGUCUCGUCCACGAAGCUCCACACGAACGUCUCCACUGGUACAUUGAAACGGCAUGGGCGUUUUCAACACUUCUUGGGCUUCUUUUGUUCUUGGCUGAAAUAGCUAUACUAUGUUGGGUGAAAUUUUACGAUGUGUCCAAGUAUGCUGCAUGGUCUGCUGUGAUAAUGUUGAUUCCCGUUUUGGUGAUAUUCCUUGCAUUCGCCGUGCAUUUUUAUCAGUCGAUGGUCGCUCAUAAAUAUGAAGUGACUGUUAGCGGUAUUAGGCAAUUAGAACUGUUGAAAGAGCAAAUAGAAGCUGGUGAUUUGGAACGCACCAACGGGUUACUACAAAGUAUGCACAACACUCAAGUUGUUUGACGUUCUUCAGCAGUGUAGUGAUAAUGUAAAGAUCAUAACGUUUUGUAAUUACAAAGGUGCUUUUUUAUGCAUGACUUCCAUGUAUUCUGACAGAACAAAUAAUAAUGUACCGAUAUUUGGGUUUUUUUAAUUGUCGAACACUAUCAUAACAUUUUUUUUUAAAUAAAACCCUCAUUAUUUUAUCUCCUUGAAGUCAUCAGUAUCAAGAAUACUCACUCGUUUUUUUUUUUUGGUACUAUUGUUUUACCAAAAUUAUUUUUUAGAAAUACAAAACAAAAAUAUAAUAACCUUGUUUUUUAUUUAUUUUUACAUUGUUAAUAGAUUAUAAAUUAAUAUUGUUGUAAUUUUAUUCGUAAGCGAUUAUUACCGUUGUUCUCAAAUAAACUUUAUACAAACUUAAAUAGACAUUUUUUUUAGUAACUUCUUUAUACAUAAUUAUAAUUGUUAAUAAGCUAUUGCUUAUUAACAAUUUUUCAUGUCUUUAUAUUUUAUUAUAAUUAGUAAUUAUUAUUCUUUUUUAUAUUUACAAUAUUUUUCAAAUACGAGAUGAAAUGUUCAAAAUAAUUAGUAAUCAAAAUAGAAUACUACAACAAAAUAUGCCUAGUAAUUAUGUUAUAGUCUAUAUAAAUAUUUAUAUUGAUGUAUUAAUUAAGAUUUUAUACUUCCAACUUUCAAUCAGUCACACGGGGUAAAAAUUUACCCCAGUCACAUAACUAAGUUGUGUGACUGACGUAAAAAGUGUACCUAAGUCACACUUAAUUUAAUUUUGAUUGGAAACGACGUGACCGAUAGAAGGUUUAAAUAAUUUUUUUUUUUUAUAUAAUAUUAUUGUUUAUUUUGUAUAAAUACAUAAGUAACUACUAUAUCUAUAACUACAAUUUACCUAAAACUUACAUUUUUUUUCUUUUGUUUGGACACAAUAUGUAUUAGCUGUGAUAACAUUAUUGUACAUAAGGGCUAGCAAAAAUAUUUUAUAAAAACUGUAUAGUAAUUACCUUUUUUUUUCUUUAGUUCCUUAGAUAUUAAUUAGCAAUUUCAGUUGAUUAAAAACAAUGUUUACAAUGGUUUUGUUCUUCUAAGCAAGUCAAAAAAAAUAAUUCCAUUUGUAAUCGACAAUCGUCAAUGUUGUUUAAAAUACAGUAUAAAAAUAUUUGUCCAGUCAUAUCAUCGUUGUAUACCGCUAUGUUAAUUAAUAUACUUAAUUUGCUGAACAUUCCUAAAAGUUGUUUUAUUUGUUUGAGAAAUAACACAAUAAUAUUAUUAUAAGCUUAAAACGCUAUUGAUUAAGAAAAAAAUCAGCUUACAAAGAGUAUAAAUGUUGGUUCGUCUCCCGUUUAUUACAUUUUUUCUAUUUUUCGUUCCCAACGUAAUACUAAAUCUAAAUCCUGUUUAAGGGUUUAUAUAAAAGUAGAACUCAAAAUUGUCUUUCCACUCGGCCACGUGAUUUUUUUGGGCAUAUAUUAUUAAUAGUCAUUAUAGCAUCUCUUGUAUUCCUUAUUAGUUUCACUUUGGUGAAAAUAUCGGCUUCGGGCUUUCAAGUACCUAGCUGAUUUUUUUGCUUACUACUUUGCUUCUGUAUUUAGAUCACUAAUCCGAGGUCUCUAACUUAAUUCUCGAUAGUGUCAAAAUUUACCAGUUCUACAAUCUCAAUUGAGGUUCAUGAAGCACUUAGUACUUAAUAAGUGUCGUGAUAUCCUUUAUGUACCUAUUAGCAAUAUUUUAAACAAGUCUCUUGGUAGAUGAUAAUGGUACUUUUUCAGCGGUUAGGAAAGUCAGUCGUGUUACUCCAAUAUUAAAUUUAAGAGAGCCUACACAUGUUUCUAAUUAUAGACCUAAUUAUUUAGUCUACCAUUUAUUGGUAAACUUUUUGAGUAUAUGUUAGUUCUUAAGCGAAUUGAGCGUGUAUCUUGUCUACGCUUUCUGUUAACCAACAUGGCUUUAUUAUAUGUUGUUCCACAACUACAAAUGGUAUUGACUUUUCGGAAUUUGUUCGUGACGCUUAGAUAGAGCACAAGUUAUUAUUGUAUAUACAUUAUACAGAUUUUCCUUAGGCGUUUGAUACAGUAGAUCACGGCUCUCUGGUAUUUAUUGUUCUUCAUAAACUUGGUGUUGGUGAGCGUAUUUUACCGUGGCAGCGUUUGUAUCUUAUUAACAGGUGACAAUUUGUUAAUCUUCUCGAUGUGGCCUCUGUUCGGUUUGAAAUGAUAUCUGGUCCUGGUGUACCUCAAGGUGGUCAAUCGUCUUUUAUUGUUCAAUAUAUUUAUAAGCACUAUGUAUUUAUUGUGGUUAUUUCAUGCCGAAUAGUUCUUUUUAAUGAUGACGCAAAACAUUUUACACGUAUCUCAUUUCAGGAUGAAUGCACCGAGCUACAAAAAGCGAUUACAAGGUGUAGUGAUAUGGGGUUGCUCUUGCCCCUGAGAAUGUAAGGGUACUGUCCUCUUGCUCAGACUACAACAGAAUUUCCUUAUUAUUUGGAUGAUCUACCUCUGAAACGGUUUUUUUUUUAAGUCUUGAUGGAUCUUGGUAUUCUCUAGUUCAGUAAUAAAGUAUUAUUUUUAUGGUGAAGGGUAUGUACCGCCAUUUUCACCGCAACUUGAUUGUUUGUCAAAUAUAAUAUUAUAUUCCCCGUCUUGUUUAAUGGCAUUACACGCGCUAUUUCAAUAGUUAUUCAUUAGUCCGUUCUGUACUUAAGUAUAGAUCUAUGGCUUGGACUCCAACCCAGUAUGUGAAAUCGACGCUCCGCGUCUCAUUGAGCGUAUAAGUAUUCGAGCACCCUGUAUUUUUACCAGAUCACAAGAGAUCUUCUACAUUCGAACCUCUCGUUUGAGCCGUUCAAAUUCCUCGAGUAACGACCUUCGACCCUUUACUUAGGUCAAAACAUGUCAGAAAAUUGAAAAUAAUAAAUUAAUCUUAUAUUAAUUAUUACAUAAAUAUAUUAAAAUUAUAUAUUAUAUUACAAUAUGUUUUUAAUAUCUUGUGUCUUAAUUUUUUUUUUAAUCACUAUUAUUUAUGUGUUUUUGUUUUAUGUUAUCAGCUGC